AUGGACAAGGGGAGAAGACUGAGCUGCUGAUUCUCUCAAAGUGGCGGGCUGAGUCAGCGUGGCUGGGGUUCUGCCUCGGCUGCCUGUAUGGACCCCAGGAGCUGGGCUCUCUGGAGGUCACAAUACCCACUGGGCAUUUUGCUGCUGGUCUUUGCCUCUCUGUUUGCCUCCUGCCAGGCCAAGGUCUACAGCCGCUGUGCGCUGGCCAGAGUGCUGCAGGAUUUCGGCCUGGAGGGAUAUCGGGGAUACAGCCUGGCAGACUGGGUCUGCCUUGCUUAUUAUGCAAGUGGCUUCAAUACAGCUGCUGUGGACCAUGAGGCCGAUGGAAGCACCAAUAAUGGCCUCUUCCAGAUCAACAGCCGGAAGUGGUGCAGAACUUUCAGCUCUAAGAGUACCAGCUUGUGCCAGAUAUAUUGUAUUGACCUGUUGAAUCCUAACCUCAAAGAUUCUGUUAUCUGUGCAAUGAAGAUAGCUCAACAACCAAUGGGGCUGGGCUCCUGGGAGACCUGGAGACAUCACUGCCAGGGCAAGGACCUCAACGACUGGGUGGAUGGCUGUGAUGUCUAG